ACGGUAGCAGUCAAAAUGAAAUACCAGGCAUCACUGUCAAGCUGGGCGUUUGCCGUGGCCGUUAACGAGUGUCGUCGCGUAACCUCGUCCUCGUGCACAAUCCACGCGCGCUUGUCAGUAGUAAUUCACGAUUUGUUUGUGUUCUGUCUAGUAUGUAACUACUACUUACUAGCCACUGUUGUCUGUUGGUCGUGGCGUGCUCGUGGUCGGUCGUGGCGGCUCGUGUCAAGUCCACGUGUUGAAAUUGCUGGCGGCAGUGGCGAUCGAUCGUUUUUUGUUUCAAGUCUGAUUAAGGAAUGGCCUAAAAUGGAAUUUAUAUUGGGUGCUUUGGGUGCCAGUGGCGCUGUGUGCUUCACCAAUCCAUUGGAAGUAAUAAAAACCCGGUUUCAGCUACAAGGAGAGCUGAAAAAAGUGGGCAACUAUAAAGUCCACUAUAGAAACUUUGCUCACGCUAUUUACGUUGUGGCAAAAAACGAAGGGCCGUUGGCUCUGCAAAAGGGCCUGUUACCGUCCAUGGGACACCAAGUGUUCUUGAAUGGUACAAGAUUAGGUAUUUUCGAUUUGGCGCAAAAAAAAAAGUGGAUACUUAAAAGUGAUGGCACCGUUUCGCUGAUUAAGUCCGCACUCGUCGGAGCCGGAGCUGGCACGUUGGGUGGCUUUUUAGGCAGUCCGCUGGGCAUGUUAAAAAUUCAUCUGCAAUCGUUUUCCGCACAAUCAAUCGCGGUCGGCCAUCAGCACAACACCACAAGCACAAUAAACGGUCUGCUGACGUUGUACCGUAAGUACGGCGUUGUCCACGGGCUGUGGCGUGGGGCCACUGGGGCCAUGGUACGUAUUGGUGUUGCGUCGGCUACGCAAUUGAGUACGAUAAGCUUACUUAACGAAGCUCUCAUCGACCAUGGGGUAUUGACCAAGGAUCAGAAAUUCCUGAGCACCCUCAUAUGCAGCAUGCUGGGUGGAGUAUUGAUGUCAAUAGUGAUGGCACCAUUCGAUCUAGUAUCCACCAGACUCUAUAACCAAGCUGUCGACGCCAAAGGCCGUGGUCUUCUAUAUUCGUCGUACAUGGAAUGUUUGACCAAGACUUUCAGACAAGAAGGAAUCUACGGGCUUUACAAAGGCGUCGUUCCGUGCUACCUCCGACUCGGACCUCAUGUUGUUCUAAGCAUGGUGUUCUGGGACAGGUUGCGACUAUUUGAAUCGAAUGUGUCCAACCACAUUAAAGCCAUGCAGAGUCUUUGAUUUUUUAAUUAGUUUUUAAAUGUUUUGCUAUUGUGUAUUUUUAUUUGAGGAGUAAUCCCAAGGUAAUAAUAAAUUGUUAAAUUGUAUGUAUUUAUAUUAGGUAUAUGUAUAGGUAAAGUUCCUGAUUGUUUUGGAUUUCAAUCAAAUACAAAAAAACCUUAUUACUCUUUCAAUAUAAUAUAUAAACUUUAUUAUACCUAUAAGAAAAUGUUUCUUUGCUAAUUUUUAACUCAUCAGGUUCAAAUAUUAUUAUAAUUUUUUACCAAACUGAAUGUUUAUUAUGAAUCAAUAUCCAUAAUAGUAUAAUAUUCUAAGCUAAACUAUAACAAUUAACAUAAUUGUAUAGUUUGAUGUUACUAUGUAAGAAUUAAUUGAGUAGGUAUCCUCAGCAAAGUACAAAUUACUAACAUGUCCGACCUCUGAACAGUCUGAACUAGUACCUAACUAUAUGUAGGUAGACCUACACAAUAUAAUAUAGUGCUGACCAUUAUAAUUUUAAGUUGACAUUAAGUUUAGUAUAGGUAUUAUAAUAUAUUAACUAUAAUCUUA